AUGCAGAGCCGUCGGGUGAAUCGCAGGGUGGUGGACAGCGACUGCAGCAAUGGGAUAUCAGAGUGUGUCUAUUGGAACGAGCAUCAAGUGGCGAACUGGGUCGAGGAGCAGGGCUUCCCGCAAUAUAAGGAAAGUUUUCUGAGUAAUUUCGUCACUGGGCGGAUGUUGAUAGCUAUAGACACAUCAGCUUUGCCGAGUAUGGGUGUGAAUGACUUCGAUGAUAUGAAGCGGUUGACCAAACUGAUUCGGGACCUGAUUGGAAUUCCCAAAUUACAUCACAAGCCUGAAGUUGCCAUGAGGAAUCCAAAGGUAGCCUACCUAGAGUUGAAACGUCGAACUGGUAAUAAGAUGAACAACACCACGUACAAGUCAUUUCUUCAUGAAAAUCUCAACUUCUUUGCCACAAGGAACAAAUGA